CGUGCUCGCUUCCAGCACGUGCUGAGCCUGCGCCAGGAGGCGCUCGACACGGCCAGGAGCCUGGGAGCAGAGUUCGUGUUCCUGGUGGAUGCCGACGUGGUGCUGUGGAACCCCGCCACGCUGGGGUUCCUGGUGGGGGAGCGGCGGGCCGUGGGGGGGCCCAUGCUGACGUCGCGCACCGCCUACUCCAACUACUGGAGCGGCAUCACCGACAAGGGCUACUACCGCCGCACGGCCGAGUACCUGCAGCAGCUGCGGGAGCGGCGGCGCCGCGGUUGCCACCGCGUGCCGAUGCUGCACUCGGCGCUGCUCCUGCACGUGGGAGAGUCUGACGCGGGGGCGCUGGCGUUCCACCCGCCCCCCCCGGACUACAGCUGGCCCUACGAUGACGUCAUCGUGUUCGCUCACUCGUGCAUGCGCGCAGGUUGGCGGGGGGGGCCGGGGGGGGGGGAGCUGGUGGCACGGCAGUCAGCGUCGCUGCGCUGCUACGAAGCCAGCGGAGACCCGAACCUCCCCGGAGACCCUGGCUGA